GGCGCGCUCUCGCGUCGGGAGGGCAGUCACCGGCUCGGCGCACGCGAGGGCCGGGCGUGCGCAGGAGGCACGCGGGCCAAAGUCCUCAGAGGCGCUGCGGGCGGUGCCGAGACACCCGCGCGGCUGCUGGAGCCGCAGCCCGCACCCGCUGCAGCGCCCGCCGCAGUCAGCGCGCCCCGCGCCGCCCGCGUCCCCCACGCCCUGAGGGAGCCCCCCACCCCUCGCCUGCUCCAGCGGUGCGCGCGAUGGCCCCGCGCAAGAAUGCCAAGGGCGGCGGCGGCAACAGCAGCAGCAGCAGCAGCAGUUCCAGCAGCCCGAGCAGCUGCACCAGCGGCGGCAGCAGCAGCCCCGGGGCCCGGAGAGAGACAAAGCAUGGAGGACACAAGAAUGGGAGGAAAGGAGGACUUUCUGGAAGUUCGUUUUUCACGUGGUUUAUGGUCAUUGCAUUGCUCGGAGUCUGGACAUCGGUAGCUGUGGUCUGGUUUGAUCUUGUUGAUUACGAGGAAGUGCUAGGAAAACUGGGAAUCUAUGAUGCUGAUGGUGAUGGAGAUUUUGAUGUAGAUGAUGCCAAAGUUUUAUUAGAAGGACCUGGUGGGGUAGCCAAGAGAAAAACCAAGGCUAAAGGCCUUAAAGAAAGAUCUGCUCCAAAGCCAACAGUCCCAGCAGAAGAGGCCGAGCCGUACCCUUGGCUGCAGGAUCAGGUUCUGGAGGGGCCAGGGCCUCAGAAUAUUGAAGAUGAAGUACAAGAACAAGUUCAGUCACUUCUUGAUGAAACGGUAUACGCAGAACAUGGAGAGGACCUGCACCAAGAACAGGACGGACCAGCAGGAGAACUGCAGCCCGAAGAUGGUGUCUUUGCAGGAAGUGAUGUAGAUGAUAGAUAUGAACCUGUGGGAACUGGAGCAGUUCAUGAAGUUUUUUUUUCAGAAACUGAAGAUAGCUACCAUGUAGAAGAGACAGCUUCACCAGCCUACAGUCAGGAUAUGGAAGACAUGAUACAUGAACAGGAAAAUCCAGAUUCCAGUGAACCAGUGGUAGAUGAUGCUGGAAGAACGUAUCAAGAAGCAGAUGACGUCACCUACCAAGAGUAUGAUGAGCAAGCGUUUGAGCCAUCGGAAAAUGAAGGGACAGAAACUUCAGAUAAUGCUGUAGAUGACUCAAACACAAUUUUAGAAGAGGUGCACGUGCCCCCUGCAGAGGAACAGCGAGAAGUACCACCAGAAACAAAUAAGAAAACAGAUGAUCCAGAAAAAAAAGAAAAAGUGAAGAAAAAGAAGCCUAAACUAUUAAAUAAAUUUGAUAAGACUAUUAAAACUGAACUCGAUGCUGCAGAGAAACUCCGUAAACGGGGAAAAAUUGAGGAAGCAAUGCAUGUGUUUGAAGAACUAGUUCAGAAGUACCCUCAGAGUCCAGGAGCACGAUAUGGGAAAGCAAAGUGCGAAGAUGAUUUGGCUGAGAAGAAGAGGAGCAAUGAGAUUCUGCGCAGGGCCAUCAAAACCUACCAAGAGGCGGCCAGCCUGCCUGACGUCCCCGCAGACCUGGUGAAGCUGAGCUUGAAGCGGCGGUCAGACAGACAGCAAUUUCUAGGUCACAUGAGAGGUUCCCUGCUUACUCUGCAGAAAUUAGUUGAACUAUUUCCUGAUGAUACUUCCUUAAAGAAUGACCUUGGAGUAGGGUACCUCUUGAUAGGAGAUAAUGAUAGUGCCAAGAAGGUUUAUGAAGAGGUUCUGAAUGCGACGCCUAAUGACGGUUUUGCUAAAGUGCAUUACGGCUUUAUUCUGAAGGCACAGAACAAGAUCGCUGAGAGCAUCCCCUAUCUAAAGGAAGGAAUAGAAUCUGGGGAUCCUGGCACUGAUGAUGGGCGAUUUUAUUUCCACCUGGGGGAUGCCAUGCAAAGAGUUGGAAACAAAGAGGCAUAUAAGUGGUACGAGCUUGGGCACCAGAGGGGCCACUUUGCAUCUGUGUGGCAGCGCUCACUCUACAACGUUCAUGGACUGAAAGCCCAGCCGUGGUGGACCCCCAAGGAAACGGGCUACAUGGAAUUAGUGAAGUCCUUAGAAAGAAACUGGAAGUUAAUCCGAGAUGAAGGCCUUGCAGUGAUGGAUAGAGCCCAGGGCCUGUUUCUGCCUGAAGAUGAGAACCUGAGGGAAAAGGGUGACUGGAGCCAGUUUACACUGUGGCAGCAAGGAAGGAAAAAUGAAAAUGCCUGUAAAGGAGCUCCUAAAACCUGUUCUUUACUAGAUAAAUUCCCCGAGACGACGGGAUGCAGAAGAGGACAGAUCAAAUAUUCCGUCAUGCAGCCGGGAACCCACGUGUGGCCACACACGGGACCCACGAACUGCAGGCUCCGAAUGCACCUGGGCUUGGUGAUUCCCAAGGAAGGCUGCAAGAUCCGAUGUGCCAACGAGACCAGGACAUGGGAAGAAGGCAAGGUGCUCAUCUUUGACGACUCCUUUGAGCAUGAGGUGUGGCAGGAUGCCACGUCUUUCCGGCUGAUCUUCAUCGUGGACGUGUGGCACCCCGAGCUGACACCCCAUCAGAGACGCAGCCUUCCUGCGAUUUAGCGUUUUGUGCAGGCUCAGGACACGCUGGAGAGAGGCUGCCUUUCUGGUUCAGUCACCUUGGAUGUGGGCAUAGACGUUCAAACACCACAGCCCUUAAUUCCCUUGAUUUGCAGCCUGAAAACGUCUAAACCUCCUCCGAGGGUUGGAUGACACUAAAGGGAAUAUAUGCCUCGCUGCAAUUCUUUUAGGAAAUACCUGCGGUAUUUCAUCCAUGACAGCCCCCAUCCGAUGCCUGUAUUCCUGGUGAACCCAUGAUCGCUUCUACCUUGCCGGCCAAAGAUAUUUUUUCCACUUAGAAUAGGCGAAAUCAGUGUAAAUGAGAGUAUAUGUAGAAACUGUGAAUGGAUUGCUUUAGUUUGUAAUUUUUCUAUGCAAUUAUAUUUUUCUAGGGUAGCAGGAUGAUUUUGUCAUCACACACCGCUACUUUUUUCUUGAGUUUAAUGACAAGCUGUAUAAAGGCUAUAGUUCUGCUUAAUCGUAACUUUCCUGGUGAACUCAGACGUCCCUCUUUUAAUUAUUUUUAGUAAAAGGCACUCAUAUGAAAAAAAGAUUCUAUUUUCCUAAUACAAAGGAGAAAGACAUAAUUAUGCCAAUGUCUCAUGAACCGUACUACUCCCUACCCAUUGAGUCUCUUUGCUUUUUUGUCAUCAUUGAGAGCUGGUAUCUUAAUUCCUUCCUUGCUAUGUGAAUGGUGGAGAUACUGUCAAAAUGGUAUUUCUUUCUAAGAGGAACUUUUUACACUGAAGAAGGACUUGGAGUCAUUUUAUAAUGAGUUAUAACAAUGACUCAUGUAAAUUUUUUUAAUGUCAACCACUAGGCAUUAGAAAAAGAAAAAGUAAAAUUUCUCCAAGUGAAAAUUUUCUCUUGGGAUCAGGUAGAUAGGGGGCUGCUAGGACACCUGGCUCCUGGGCUCUUUGCAUCUAUGAAACAGGGCUGGAAUCCAGAGUGUUUUCUGUUGUGGAUCCUUGUGAGUGAUGAGGUCGUUGAAAGGAUUCCCAUCACAAUUUUGUAAAAUUAUGAAGGAUGGCAGAGUGGAAGACCAAGAAUGCCAGGAUCUCUGUCCUGCGUGUAGGAUGUAAAAAUUGCUUUCCUCUUUGAAAUUGUUUGGAAGACUCUGACAUCUCCCUGGCUUGAGCAACUUCUGCCAUUUAGGCUUCACUUUGAGAUGGCAAUUAUUAUUGAUAGUUUAGCUUUAAAAUUUCCUACUGCAUGGAAAGAACAGUUGCCUACCCGUUCCAAAGAUGACCACGUCAUUAAUUUAGUGGAACAUUAAUGCAUUAAAUUUUGCGUUUUUUAAAUCCAAGCUAACUAGAAAUGUUAGCUAUAAGAAUGUAAUGAUAUUCAUGCACUGAAUUUUAAGCCAAUAUGAACAAAAAUGCUGGAGAAAUGACACAUAGGUUACCAGAUUUCAUUCGCAGGUAGAAAAAACAUUCGUGCUUUCUUUUCCAUUGAAGGACAGAGAAGGAUGCUUUCUUUAUCUUAUUUAGAAAACAUUCUUUAAUAUUGAAAUGAACCCCCUUUGCUUGUCUUUAAGGACUUCAGCUUCCAGUCAAAGAGUUUGUAAAAUAUUUGUCCUCUUUCCUUCUGUUUUGCCAAUGUUGAAAAAUCUCACUAAAGUAGAUGAAGAAGCAUGUGAGGAAAAAUAUCAAAAUUAAUUACCGAAAUCCAGAAGAAAAAGCAAACUCUUGAAAAAUAAAAAAGCAUUUGUGUCCUUCAGUAUUUAUUGAACAGAAGAAAUGACUGACAAAGAACAAUACAAUCUAGUGUUCAUGUGGUAACAUUUCAUGUCACUUACUGAAUUUGGUUCUUGUAUGUAUAUUGCAUACACAUAAAGAAAUUCAAAGUAUAAGUUGUCACUGUUGAACCAUCAUCUUAGAUUCAUUUAAUGAAGUCAUGGAAUAGAGUAAAAACUAGCUGUUAACUUAGUAAUUAUAGUAUGGUAUUUAAAAUCGGGUCACUACAGGGGGAUUCUAAAUAUUGCCGAUUGGAAAGCCAGAACUAUUACUGCUGCAGAAUGUUGGCAAUAAUAGACUCCAGUAGCAUUUGAAAUACUGGAUCCCACAACUAUUUUAUAAACUCAAGUAAUAAAAUUUGUUUUCUAAUUUGCUUUAAUUCUUCAUCUUUCUUCCCUAUGUUGUGGUAUAUAAGAAAAGUGUUUCAGUCAUUGCAUUGGUAGAAUUAUUUCAGUGUUAUUUUUUUGUUAUUUGAAAUGUCUACACAAAAUGAAUUGGUUUUAUUUAUACUGUGAUGCAAUUGGUUGAGAAAUAUUUUAAAUUCUCUUUCAAUUUUAUUUCAAGGGUGGAAUACAAAAAUCACUUCUGUUAUUAUUUUCUACCAGUACAAAAAAAUUAAAACACUAGAUCCAUUGAGAAAGAGAUGUAAUAAAUGAUAAAGAUUAGUAUCUAUCGAGGGUGAUUAUGGCCAGUUGAAUCUCUUCUUUCCUUUGAAUUUUUUAGCCAACAAAUUAACCUUCCCAAGUACCUAAUGUGUAAAAUCAUAUUUUACUGCUCAUUAUCAACUAAAAUAUUUUUUAUUUGACAUUGAGCACCAACUGGUCAUACUAAUGAAGGCCCAUGUCAUGCAGAUGGCUGGGAGAAUAAGAGAUAGCUAAAAACAUACACCUGGUUUUGGGAAACAUGGCACAAGUAAGGAUAUCAUAUCUUAUGAUAUCUGCUUAUUUUUUAUCUAAUUUCCUUUGAAUGGAUAGCUGGGGACUCCAUUUCUAAGGAUAAUAAACAAAGAAAUAAAGUGAUCUUUGGCAUUUCA